CGCUGCAUGCCCGCACCAUGCUCUGAACGACCCGAUGCACUCUAGCUGCUCCAUUCCAAGGCCGAAAUGCCUUUGUAGGCUCCAAUCCUAGCUAACCCAUCCCCGGAAGCAGAUUCGCAGCGUUACUCGACCCGGACUUGUGCGACAUGGCCGCAGCGCUAAAGCGCAAACGAUGCGCUGUCUCUUAUAAAGAGCCGAGCAGUGACGACGGCCUCUCUGAUAGCUCUGGCCACGAGCGAGUCCCUCGAAAACGCACCGUCCCAACUCGCCGAUCCACUCGACAUGCCCAAGCAGUCGACCAAGUCUCCAGCGGAAGCGAGCAUGCUGCACCAGAACCCGCCGCUUCUGCCCAGCGCCAGCCGUCUUCUCGGCAUCCGCGUAGACGAGGAAGGCGCAAGGUUUCAUACAAGGACAUCAGUUCGGACGAAGACGACCGGGCCCCGGAUGCCGACUUUGUUGAGGAAGAGCAGGUCAUGGCAGUACGCACCAGGUCACGGCCAAGUGCGCCGCCCUCUUCUCUCUCACACAAGACGCGGGGGGCAAAAGGCAGCAAGACUCGGCGUAAAGCUGUCCUGGGCGCACCGCUUGCGCCGAACAAAGAAGCGCAUACUGAGCACCAGGUGACAGACAUUCCCACGGAUGGACACAUACCAGCAUGGACUUCUCUACCAUACCACGUACUUCUCCAGAUUUUCGUCUACGCCUCACAUCCACUCCACGAUGAAAACAUGAAACCCACUUCUUCGAUAAUAUGGCUUGUGCAAAUGGCGAGAAUGUGCUCUGCAUUUGCCAAACCCGCGCUAACAGCUCUCUACCGCAAUCCGCCCAUAUUCGCCACUAGGCAGGCGCGGAAAGAUCUUGUCCACCACCUCAUUGCGCCUCCGCCAGCAGCGUAUGAUGACUAUCGGGUCAUGGUAAAGCGACUAGAGCUGGAUGCUACGCAGAUGACUGCCCUCACGGAUCUUGCCAACAGUGUGGCAGACCUUGCUGCUCUCAUCCAGUCCCUGACAACACUGCGUGAGAUUGACAUUUUUGAUCCCAUGGACAGGCCUCCGUUUCGACCACGGCUUCGGCCACUCCGCCGCUGGGUGUACCCAAGCGAGCUUUUCGACGCCUUACGGCGGACGAGCCUGCGCCUGAGAAGCUGGCGAUGGAACAGCACUUUUUGUAGUCAGGGCCCUCUGUGGAUGAAGAGUAUUCACACAGAUGGCGCGUUUCAGAGCCUUCGCGAUGUGACGCUCACCAAAUUUCACCCUGAAGCUAGCCGAGGCGAUAGCGAUGGAGUCGAAGACGAACCCACAGCAGAAGAGUUAUUAGCAUCUGCACUGGCUGUUCUGCCUAAUUUGAGGAGCCUGUCAUUUGAGACGUGUGGAGUUGUCAGCGGACGCCUGCUACCCCUAUUGCCGAGCAACCUCAUCAGCCUGAGCAUUAUCAAUUGUGGGGAACUACUCUCGGAUGCUCUCCAAGCCUUUUUGGCUGCACAUGGCGCGCACCUGGAAGAGUUGGUGCUCAAUCACAACCAAGCUCUCGAUAUGUCCUUUCUGGUCGAUCUCAAGCGCUCGUGCCCUAAGCUCGAGGUCUUGAGAAUGGACACUACUUACUAUAGCUCACUCGCCAUGUCGUCUGAUAAUGAGCCUCUGUACGAAACGCUUCUGGGCGAAAACGAGAUUCCAUCCUGGCCAUGUACGCUUCGAGUGCUGGAUCUGCAAUACCUACGAAACUGGAACUCGACGUCUGCGGCCAAUCUGUUCAGCUCGCUGAUCGACUCUGCCGAGGAUCUGCCGUGGCUUCAAGAGAUUACAAUCAUAGCAAUGGUGGAUACCGACUGGCGUCAGCGGGCAGAGUUUAGGCAGACAUGGAGCACCAAGUUCAAAAAGGUAUUUGCAAGGAGAUGGGAGGCGCCAGAUGCUCACCUGGUCUCACUACGGGCAUUCCGCGAGUGGAAGACACAGCUUGGCGACGAAGAGAGGGUCGAUUCUUUCAUCGAGGGCGUGUCGGAGCAGCCAUCCAGGGAAGGCCAAGCCGACACGGCCAACGACGAGCGUGAUAGGAAUAUCGAUGUGGCUUUGGCAGCUUCACGUGCACGCGAGCAGGACGAGGGCUGGGGCUCGAAGCGUCUCCGGUCUCGCUCAAGAGCAGGCAUGAGCUACGAUGAGGAGUCGGAUGAGCAGUCUGGGGCUGAAGAGGGUGCAGCGCCGGCGGACGAGGCGAAUGUGUUCGUGCAAGGGCGGUGCCACACGGUGAUAUUCCGCAUCGACAACUUCCGCCCGCGCGAGGAGAUCUUCAACGAGGCGGACUUCCUCGACGCGGAGCCCAGCGGAGACGAAGAGUGGAACGGCAACGAGGAUCACGAGCAUGACGAUGGUGGCGGCUAUGCGUGGUAGUGGCGGGCGGUCUGGGGGGUCCAUGGCGAGAUUUCGGCAGGCAUGGGCAGACAGCAGCCAUGGUGGGAAUUGGGCAGGCGUUUGGAUGGGCAGUGUGCUGACAGUAGAGAUGCGUGUAUUAGUAGCGGGCCCUGGUUGGGCCGCGGUUGGGCCGCGGCUUGGGGGAGCGUGGGAAUGACGGCGGGGCGCUGUCCCAGCCACGGGCGGACGAGGCAUUUUCACUGUGCGCUGGGCCGUGGGUAGCUGUAUAGGGAAUGCAGCCGCGAUGCAAGUCAGCUGGAGGAGGCCGGCGGCGCACAUGUGCAUGCGUCAGUUGCCGGACUGCGCGUACAUGUCCUGGGACUUAUGUCGUGCACAGCCUCGCAUAGCAUGCUAGCCAAUCCCC